CUCCUCAGCUAGGUUUUUUUUUAAACUUUUGCAUACACUUUGUGCUAAGGGGGCUAAACACAGCACCUUUAUCUUACCUAUAUAUUAAACUCAUGUUUCUAACAACAUUUGUGCUCUUUUUGCAGAUAAUUGGAGCGCGUUGGUGGAAAGGACGUUUCAAUGAGGCCAAAAAUAAACAAAUGGAAGCUAUCAAGGCAGAUUUGCGUCUGUUACUGGAGUGUCUGAAAUACCAGAUGACAAGGCCUGACUCACAGAAACAAGCUCUCCUCACCAUCUUCUCCAUCUGCCAAAAAAACGGUCAGUAUGUGGAGUUCUUCAGAGAGAUUGGUGGAAUUUCAUUCAUCUAUAACCUGUCAAAGUCCAGCUCUUACUCUGAGGUUAAAGAGACUGCUCUUUUUACUCUUGCUUCCUUCGCUGAAUUGCAUGAGAGCUGUAAACAGACCUUGUGUAGGGAGGAAACAUUUUGUGACUUGGCAGAGCAUUUGAAGCAGGAAAUGCCUCUGACACAGAAAAGAGUGGCAGUUUACAUGCUUUCAGUACUGGUUGCCAACAACAGACGAGGGCAGACUUUUGCUAAGACCUCCAGUUGUAUUGAAACCUUGCUCAGUUUGUUCAGGCAUAGUUUUCCAGGGGCUAAUGACUGUUCUGAGCAGCUGCAGUUGUGGGCCACUGUAUCCAGUGCUCUCUGUGGCUCUGUUAACAACCCUCAGAAUGAGGAGAAUCAGAAUGUAUGUAUGCGUGCGUUUCCCCUGGUGAAGACGUGGCUGCAGGAAGUGACAUUGCCCAGGGUAGAGCUGGCACAGCCUGUUUGCUCAUUUAUUGGCAUGACAGUGGCAAACAAUUUCUGUGCUCAGGAGUAUUUUGUGUCCGUGGGAGGCCUGGAUUCACUCUCAAGCACUCUUACCAGAGUUUUGCCUCAAUCGGCGCACAGUGCUACUGCCUGUAAGAUGGCGACAGUAAUUAUUAAAACACUGUCUGCCUGCAUCUCCAACAAUGAGCGGUUGGUAUCUUUUCUGUCGAACUUAAGGAUUAUUCCAGGGCUAUUGUGUCUGUUGUCCAGCCCAAUCCUUGUUCCACAAGACCAGCUUGCUGUGGUGUUGACAAUUGGACACCUCACGGAUGCCUGUGUGGAGCAUCAGUCCCAGUUGUUGUUGGCAGGAGGUUUGCCUCUGAUUAUCUCUCUGCUCACUGAGGCCUGUGACGAGGAGGUCAGGAAGGCAGCCAUGUUUGUACUGCACACAUGCAAAAAAAUCAGCAGUGGCAUGCCUGUUCAGAAUGAAGUGGAGUCUGAUAUGGAGGGAUACAGACAGUCUGCCAGAGAAAUCUUCCAGAGAAUACAACAACUAGAGAAAAAGAUUGGCGAAAAACAUUUGGAAAGAGGUACCGAGAGGCAGCGGCACAGCAUGCAGAGGUCGGUCUCUUCUGUGGAAUGUAAUGAGGAAUGGUGGGAGGACUCUGUGAUGCGGAAGGUCAAAGGUCGUCCUCGAGUAUGUGAGGAGUUGCUCACAACCUCGCCAGGAACUCCAGAUCAACCAAUCACAAGUCAAAGACCAUACAUCCAAGAGACCUUACAGUGUGUCCGAAAGCAUUUAUUUAGGAGCUCUGAAGAGCGUUUGAGUCCCUCCCAAGUCCCUUUCUUUCAAGACACUAUCCUGGGACAUGGCAAAGAGAGAGAGCAAGAACAAAUGAGAGAGAAUAAGCAGUCAUCAGAGAGGAUAAUUGAAAGGAGCAAUGACCUGGAGACGAGGAGAGGAGGAGAUUCAAAUAAGAUCGAUGUGGGGGAGAAGAGGAAAAUGCAGUCUGAAAGAGUGGUGAAGAGAUUGAAGAUAAUGGCGCUCGUGAACCAAGACUCUGAAAAUGAACAGCAUAAACGUCAGCAUAAAUGCAAUACACCAACAGAGGGCAGCAGAGAUACACAGGGCCCACAUAUUUUCAGACAUCCUGAUCCCAUGAAGAGAGGCCAGCGCAUACAGACUCUCUCUAAUGAUGAGAUCUCUUUGUGUUCUGAGCUGUUGGACAAAGAAAUUAAGAGGUUUUUGAAGCCUCUAUCCGCCUCUACCCCUGGUAACUUGCGAUGUGCAGGUUGCAUGAAAGGUAUGCAUGAGGUGGACAGUCGUUUGUUUGGUGCAGCGAUGCGUAGCUGCAGGUAUAAGUGUGACUUUCACCUGGUGCUUCUUGAGGUUGAGGAUCGCUUCAGGAGAAGCCAGCAGUUAGUGAGGGCUAGCCACAGUGAAACACACGCACAUAUCAACACGCAUGUUAAAAGCAGAGAGCACAACGCAUGCACCAAUGCGGAGAAAGAGAGGGAAAGCCACGGGCUGAGUCACCAUUGUCCAGAUGGAUUUUUAAGCCUCACACCCCUCAGAAGACCAUGUGAAACAAAGGGAUCAAACAUGGAAAAGAAAACAGUUCACAGAAAUCUCGAGAAAACGUUCGAAGAAUGUGUCCCCAAAAAUUCUUCAGGCAAACACAGAGAAAGGAGGAACUGGACUGCCGAUGAACUGCUCUACCUCAGUGAGGGUGUGAAGCGUUUUGGUCACUCCUGGAACUCCAUCCUCUGGGCAUAUCCCUUCCAGCCAGGACGCACCAAUGUAGACCUGGCUAAGAAAUACCAACGCAUGCAGGCAAGACAUAGCCAAAUGUAAAGAUACUGUCACAGUAACCAAUGAGUGAACCUGUCAAUUUGCACCUGUCAAGUCAUUCUGUAAACCAAAAUCAAAAUAAAAAAAUAAAACCUAUUUUAGGACCAUUAAGACUUUUUGCAAUGCAAGAAAAACAAAAACAAAUAAAAGUAACACUUUACAAUAAGGUUGUAUUAGUGAACAUUAGUUAAGGCAUUAGUAACAAAUAAUAAACUUAUAACAGAUUCGUACUACUCACCUUUCAGCUAGUCACCUUUUCUGAAGCUAAUUUGCCCAAAUCGUUUGGAAAAAAAUUCUACGUUUUCCUUAUUAAAAUCACUUAAGCUUAACUUUAAAAACAACUUUAAAAAAAGCUUCAAAUACAACAAACAAAAUAUACAUCUGGAACACCUGCCAUGACUCUGAGUUUGCAUACCUGUAAUAAUAAACAAUAUUUUUAAAGCAUUUAUUUAUCUUGGUAAAUGUUAAUUUCUAUAUAUACAAAUACCUUUUUUUUACAUUAAAAUGUAAUGUAUUACAUUUUACGUUAACGUUAG